AUGCAACGUUAUGUACAGCAUCCGACUUCUAUUGCCGACGUUCUCCGGAAUCUCCACGAUACGGAGGAAUCCUUUUUUCAUGCAGCGAACUAUUUGAUUGCCCAAGCUACGAUCUGCACCCCUGUUCGGGACGAGACCACUCUUGCUAUCCUCCAGCCUUUCCGUGAUUCGGCUAUAGAUUCCCUAUAUCCAGUCGUCUGUGCUUGGAGGAACUUCUCGUUGUUCACGUGUUUCCUCUCAGAUCUUUCCUCCUCCUCACACUUAUCUGCAGCGACGAUUGCUCAAAUCGCAAGGGAAAAUUCCCCGUUGCUUGAAGCAGCCAUUGUCAACGUUGAGGCUACAUUAGCGGCCGAGCUACGAAGGACCUCACGCAGAGACUCGCUCUUCCAAUGGCUUACUUGGUCGGCGUCGAUGCGGUUAGCCCCGUUGGAUGACUUGCCCCACCUGAUAUCUGCCCUCCGCCGUUAUUGUCAGGAGACUAUGCUACGUCUCAAUGAUAUCGAACACUUUAGUUUCUGUUUGGAAGACCUUUUCAGCGACAACGAGCGUGCAGUAGCUUUUAAGAAACACGAAGAGACAUUCAAAGGUCUACUUAAUCUGGCGAAAUUUGCGGGGGCAAGCAGGGGCAAGCCGUCAGGAUACCUAUUUACACCCAUUUAA